AUGAACACCACGACCUUGGAGAAUCUUAGUGGACCCCCAUACGACAUACAAAAAAAGAUUAAUAGUAAUAGAGGUCCCUUACCUAAUAAGAACGAUAUAAAAGUGGUCUUUGUCCAAGAAAAGGUUGGGAACCCUUGCUUUCCUAGGUUAUUGGAUGUCAAAAGAGCAACUAUUAAUAUUAACAAAGAUGUAACUGCAGAUCAAAGGCUGGGUGAUUCCGAUAUGAAAUAUGAGGAAAUGGAGAUAAAUCUUCGGUUAAUCCUGGUGUCGGGCAAGACGAAGGAGUUCGUGUUCAGUCCAGUAGACUCAGCAGGCGACAUCGCGAUACAUGUCUACGACAACUGGCCUGAAGCGGACUGGGCAACAGAAUGUGUGUCGCGCGCAGAGAUCCUGCGAUUGAUCUACCAGGGCCGGUUCCUGCACAGCUCGGUGACGCUGGGCGCGCUCGGCCUGCCGCUCGGACGCACCACGGUCAUGCACCUAGUGCCGCGCGAGCACUUGCCCGAGCCUAACUCACAUGAUCAACGGCAAAAAAGUAAAGGUGGUUCUAGCAGUUGUUGUUCAGCGUCCUGCUGCAUAUUGUAAUAGCUUCCUGCGUGAGGGAGACGCACUUACACGAGCGGCAGUGGGCGUGAGUGAGACAGCCGACAUCGUUGCCGGGACGGACUCCAAUGUGUUCAGUGUAGAAGCCAGGAUACCAUGUCGCCCAGAACAGUACUUGACACGUUUCUAAACGAAGUAACAUCACAUUGAGACGCAUGCGUAGCUCACUGAUAUCUUUUAUUGUCAAUUGUCGUAGUAAUAAUUUAAUAAACAAUCGUGCACAACUUACGAGACCAUAAAGGAUCAAAACGCACAUCAAUCGAGACUUCGUUUGCAAACGUCGCAAGUAUCAAUAUCGCCAGGUCGACCGCGGUCAGCAUAUAGAACGAUACUGUAAUACUGUAUAUCUCACCGCGUAACUUAUAGCUCGUUUUAUAGAUAUCAUGCUGCCCAAAUACGUUAACGUUAGUAGAUAUAUGGGAUAAGGUUCGUCGGUAUAAGUAAGCCUAUGAUUUUAAUAGUUCCUGGACGUAAUAGGUAUUUGGCUUCACAUCAAUAUUUUACUUUAUCCCGGCUAGCAACAUUAAUUUACAAAUGUUAGUAUUAUUAUUUAGGCCAUCAUAUAUAUAAAUUUAUAUUACAUUAUGGAGAUAUUUAUCUAAAAAUGACAAAUUAUUUAGUGAAACAAACGAAGUGUAAAUUACCCUGUUUUGCAUUGUAAAUAGUAUAAUUGAAUUAGGAGACUUUGAAUAAUUUUUGUGAUAAGUUCUUGCAAUAUUUGAAUUUUUAAACUGUUUUGUUCUAAAUUAUGCUAUUUACUGCGCUAG